AUGGUUUCAUCAAGAAAAUGUGUUUUCCUUGUGUUCUUAUGUCUGGUUGUUCUCUUGAUUCCAAAAUCUACAAAAGCGAAAGAUAUUGAUGGAAGGAAGCCUCUUCUGAUAGGUACUUGCGUAGAGUUUCCAGCAGAAAGAUGCAAUAAGACAUGCAUUGAUUCAAAUUUUGCUAGUGGAAAAUGCGUUCAUGUUGGUCAAAGCCUUGACUUUGUAUGUGUUUGUUAUCCAAAAUAUAAAAUAUAAUAUAUGUUUAAGAUAUUUUCUUAUCUACUAGAUGAUAUAUGUUUGCUUCGUAAUUCUUAACAUGUUUAGUAAAAUAGGU